ACGGCGUCGCCCUUUUUACACCUUCCCGGAGCGGCGGUCAUCCCAAAUACAAACUACAUGUUCCAGGAUGCUUUGGGCGGCAGAUCUCGCGGAAGCCGCGAGAGAGCCCGGCCCCGCCUCGCGCGCCUGCUUCCGCCUCCCUGUGGCGGCGGCUUGUUGUUGUGGAGGCCAAAAUGGCGGCUCAGGCGGCGGCGGCGGCGCAGGCGGCGGCGGCCCAGGCUGCGCAGGCCGAGGCGGCCGACUCUUGGUACCUGGCGCUUCUGGGCUUCGCUGAGCACUUCCGCACUUCCAGUCCGCCCAAAAUCCGCCUGUGCGUGCACUGCUUGCAGGCCGUGUUCCCCUUCAAGCCGCCCCAGCGCAUCGAGGCCCGUACACACCUGCAACUGGGCUCCGUUCUCUAUCACCACACCAAGAACAGCGAGCAGGCGCGCAGCCACCUGGAGAAGGCGUGGUUGAUAUCACAGCAAAUCCCGCAGUUCGAAGAUGUUAAAUUUGAAGCAGCAAGUCUGUUGUCUGAAUUGUACUGUCAAGAGAAUUCCGUCGAUGCAGCAAAGCCGCUGCUGCGGAAGGCGAUACAGAUCUCACAGCAGACCCCGUAUUGGCACUGCCGCCUGCUCUUCCAGCUCGCUCAACUGCACACGCUUGAGAAGGACCUGGUGUCGGCCUGUGACCUCCUGGGUGUGGGGGCCGAGUACGCCCGGGUAGUGGGAUCUGAGUACACACGGGCGCUGUUCCUCCUCAGCAAGGGGAUGCUGCUGCUGAUGGAGCGCAAGCUGCAGGAGGUGCACCCGCUGCUGACCCUCUGUGGGCAGAUCGUGGAGAACUGGCAGGGGAACCCCAUCCAGAAGGAGUCGCUGCGUGUCUUCUUCCUGGUGCUCCAGGUCACUCACUAUUUGGAUGCCGGGCAGGUGAAGAGCGUGAAGCCGUGUCUGAAGCAGCUGCAGCAGUGCAUCCAGACCAUCUCCACGCUGCACGAUGAUGAGAUCCUGCCCAGCAACCCCGCUGACCUCUUCCACUGGCUGCCCAAGGAGCACAUGUGUGUGCUUGUCUACCUGGUGACUGUGAUGCACUCCAUGCAGGCCGGCUACCUGGAGAAGGCGCAGAAGUACACGGACAAGGCCCUCAUGCAGCUGGAGAAGCUCAAGAUGCUGGACUGCAGCCCCAUCCUGUCAUCCUUCCAAGUGAUCCUGCUGGAGCACAUCAUCAUGUGCCGCCUCGUCACGGGUCACAAGGCCACGGCGCUGCAGGAGAUCUCCCAGGUCUGCCAGCUGUGCCAGCAGUCCCCCCGGCUCUUCUCCAACCACGCAGCACAGCUGCACACACUGCUGGGCCUGUACUGUGUCUCCGUCAACUGCAUGGACAACGCGGAAGCCCAGUUCACCACAGCCCUGCGGCUCACCAACCACCAGGAGCUGUGGGCCUUCAUUGUCACCAACCUGGCGAGUGUGUAUAUACGGGAAGGAAAUAGACACCAAGAGCUCUACAGUCUACUGGAGAGGAUCAACCCAGACCACAGCUUCCCUGUCAGCUCACACUGCCUCCGAGCGGCUGCCUUCUACGUGCGUGGGCUCUUCUCCUUCUUCCAGGGACGCUACAACGAGGCCAAGCGAUUUCUGCGGGAAACUCUGAAGAUGUCCAAUGCCGAGGACCUGAACCGGCUCACAGCCUGCUCCCUUGUGCUCCUGGGCCACAUCUUCUAUGUGCUGGGAAACCACAGGGAGAGUAACAACAUGGUGGUACCUGCCAUGCAGCUCGCCAGCAAGAUCCCGGACAUGUCGGUACAGCUGUGGUCGUCAGCACUGCUGCGAGACCUGAAUAAAGCCUGUGGGAACGCCAUGGACGCCCAUGAAGCCGCCCAGAUGCACCAGAACUUCUCGCAGCAGCUGCUCCAGGACCACAUUGAGGCCUGCAGCCUCCCCGAACACAACCUCAUCACGUGGACAGACGGUCCACCCCCUGUGCAGUUCCAAGCUCAGAAUGGACCCAACACCAGCCUGGCCAGCCUCCUGUGAGGCCUUGAUGGGGCCAUCCAGCUCCACAGGGCCUGCGCGUCUCCGGCUUCCACCCAGACGGCACUCAAGCCUGCCCCUGAGGCGUGCUUCCUUCCUGACUGUCUCUAGAGCUUCCAAGUUCUGGGAAUGUGCGCGGCCAGUCCCUGCCCUCCCAGGAGGGGUGGCAGCCGUUCCCAUCUCGCACCAGGACCCCCACUGCAGAGGCUCACAGGUGGCACACAGGCGCUGUCUCUCCAGAGCCAUCCUUCAGAGUGGACCUCAGUGCCAGUCGUGCCUCUGCAACUGGGUCACGUCGGCCCAGAGUAGGGUACAGGCCUCCAGCAGGUCCUAAUCCUGUGUGCCAGGGCAGGCGGUGCCCCAGGGGCACCAUGCCUGACUCUCCAUCGCCCAGGCCUUGAUGCCGAGCAGGAGUAGAGUGUUUCCUCUGCUCAAGGCAAUUUCCAGAGCCCAGACACCCGUUUCUGGCCUGAAUUUGGAGGAAAGAAGUAAUGGCCCACGUGUGGGACGAAGCACAGAUCCCAGCACUUUUCCCAGCUUUCUCUCCAGCGUCGGUCCCUGCAGCAGCCGGGGCCUCUGGUCAGGAACCCUCAGGGACCCAGGAACUCAGCUUCCAAACAUCUGCACCUUGACCGGACUCGCCAUCCCGCUGUAGGGGUGCAGGUGAUUGUAAACACGGGUGUGCAUGUGCAUGCACACGGGUGUGCGGUGAAGAUCUGUGGAGCUGGAGCUGGGAGCUGAGGCUCCUGUUGCACCAGCCACCUUCCCCCAUCUUGUGGCUACUGAGGGGCAGGAAGUGGGGGAGUGGGUUUCUCUCCCAAAUUUAAGAUCACCUCCUCAGCUAGCUUAGAGUGCAUGGCACGGGCCCCCCGCCCCCCAGAUCUGGAGCCCAGGGACCUUCUUCCUGGCAGAUCUGUGGCCUUCCCUGCAAAGGACGUCUGUAGGCUCAGCCUCUUGGUCCCCCACCCUGCCGCCUUGCUUUCCCUGCUGGGUCUCUGGGGCAUAGUGUGAAACCCCCACCCUAGCGAGGCCCCAGGGAGUCUCUGCUGGGCCCAGACAGCAGCAUUUGGUUGUAUCCACUUUUCUUGAUAAUCAGGAGGUGCCCCAGUGGUCACAGUGUGGCAUUGUGAGUUGGGGGGUCAGGGGUCAAGAUAUCAGCAGCAGGUGUCAGGACUCAGGACACCAUCCCCUCCAGCUUCUGGGGCCCAGGAGCCUCUCCCUGCUGCAGGGGGUGGGGGUCCUGCUCGGCAGGGUAGGUGGUGGUUUCAGGUCUUGUCACCCUUGCUUGGUGGAGCUGCCUCUGGGAGCUUCGGCGUCUGUGACUGAAGGGAUGCUGGAUUGCUCAGGUCAGCUGCUCAGGGCUCCCAGGCUAGGUGUGCCUUAGCCACAGGCAGGGCUGUCAAUAACCCCCUUCCUCACUGGCCAGUACCUGACAUCAGCACCAGUGACAGGCUGGUCAGAGGGCAGGGCUGGUGAGGGUUUGUCCUAAGAGGACCACCACCAUCUCUGGGUCUCCAGGGGGAGAGCCUGGCCCUGUCCUGUGCUACCCGGGGCUGCCCCCAGACCCGUGAGGCCAAUAGGAGAGCGUGUGGCACUGACCCACAAGCUGUCCCUGUCCCGUCUUCCUCCUGAGCCAUGGCCUCUGCUAGCUCCACCUUGAAGGAGCCCCUCAGAUCCUCCCCUACAUCACUGAGAUGCCACCACUUGUGUCUCCACAAUGUGCUCCUGCCUACCUGGGUCCCGCACUGUCUGACCCCUGCACACCACACUCAUGUCACCACGGCGUGCAUCAUGUUCAUCCCCAUCUAUUUAUUUAAGCCUUUCUUUGCUUGUAGGGCAUUUUGUAUGUAGAGCAGUUGAAAACAGAACCUCAGAACUUAACAUCUGUCCUGAUGUUAAAGUGCUUUUCAUGACCACCCCGUUAUCUAUGUAUAUGUAAAGUUAAGGAUGAGAUCUUAAGUUUACAAUUAAAAACUCAGUACUCGAUAUUUAAUAUUCUACUCGAGCUUUAUGGAAGCCAAAUCAUGUGCGUGUGUGUGUGUGUGCGUGCGUGUGUGCAAGCUUUGAACCUCCUUCCACGGCCGCAUCUUCUGAUGACACAAAGCUUUUGACAAGGACCUUCUUGUGAGUCACUCAGCGCCUCAUAGUGUCUCAUUCAAUUGCAAGAAUAGAGGCCAGACACGGGGGCGCAUGCCUGCAAUCCCAGCUAACUGGGAGGCUGAGGCAGGAGGAUCACUUGAGCCCAGGAGAUUGAGGCUGCAGUGAGCAUGUUCACGCCACUGCACUCCCGCCUGGGUGAUGGUGAGACUUUGUGUCAAAAUAAAUAAAUAAAUAAAACGAGUCCCUGAGGACACAUCACACAGUCUCCUAUAGCUAAGUGUCUAGGAAGAAAUAAAAACUCCAGACCCUUCAGUGGAUGAGGACAAGGAGGUCGCCGAAAGGCAUUCUGUUGACAGAUGAACAGCUGAAAGCUGGCCAGACCCUCCUGUAUGCCUCUGCCCUUGUCCUGUGGCCUGUGGGUUGUGAGGUCUGACGAGGAAGCCACCUACAGCAGGAAGCGAGGCUGCCGUGUGUCCUUCAGACAGCUGUCUUUCCCCAGCUCUGUCCCUAUAGUUGCCUGCCGGUGGGCGAGGGUCCUCUCCCCGGGAGAAGCACUCCCAGCCCCGUUUAUCAGAAGCAGGCAGGGAAAUUGGAACUGCCACCCAACCGGCAUGGUGGCUCAAUUUGUUGGUUGCGUUGUCAGUUGUCUAUUCUGUUAAGGUUUUUAAUAAGUACGUUUGGCAUAAUGUAUUUUAAUGGGUUUGUAAUAUCGUAAUGGUUUUAGCAGCCUAUAACUUUUCAGCUGGUGCUUUUACUUAGGGAAAAAAAGACAAUUUGUAAAUACAGAACAUUGUUUAAAAGACGUAACCAUAGAACAUAGCUUCCUGUUUGUGGAUUUCGUUUCCUAUAUAUUCAAAGUAAAAUGACUUACAGGAGCCA